GUCUGGCCCGGCACACCAUGAUGCAGCACACCAGCGUUUGCCGUGAGCUGGCCUCACGCAACAUUAAACUUGGCCUGAAGACCUGCCAACUGAUGCUGUCAUUGGGCUGCUUUGUGGGAAUGGUGCUGUCGCCACAGCAGCCGGCAGAACCUGCUCUGUUCUUCACCACUUUUGGUGGCUACAUCAUCAUCUGUGCAGUCUCCAUCGUUGGCGUUGUACGGCGAGCAUUAAUGCCAAAAAUAUGUGAUGUAUCAUUCUCUCUGGUGGGAGUGGUCCUGAACUGGGCAUCUGGUGGAAUUCUGAUAGCUGAAAAUAGGGUUGAUGAUCACCUGCAAGUAACAAUGGCAUGUGGUGCUACUGCAGUGAUUAACUCCUUUGUUUUCCUUGCUGAUGCUAUUAUUGUCUAUAAGGACAUUGCACCUUACCCGCAGUACUAACAAUCUAGUUAUUUCAUAAGAAUGUACACUGAUUAUUGUGUGUGUGACAAUAUUUUCAUACAACUUUUUUUAGUUGUGAUAUCUCAACAAUUUUAUUCUUGUUUCAUCACAUCUUAUAAUGUUUUUUAAUAAAAUAAAAUAAUAUGACAAUGCAGAUUUAUUCAGAAUAAAUUUAUCUUUCUUUCCAAUGUAAAAUACAUUCCACUUAACAACAUUUGUGGUUGAGACACACACUACAGAAAUCAGCAACAAUACUGUGUUCACACUUAAAUAAUAAAUCAAGAAUUCUUUAUUUUAAAAUUGCAUUAUAGAAUGAAGACAUGUUUUAGCCAAUGGAACACUUUUUUCAUGAGAACCGAAGUGUAUAUCUAAAUCAGUCAUUAUAACACAAGAUGAUGAUAAAUGCACCAACUCACACUACACUCAAAAUGACUGAAGAUACAUUCUUGAUGAGCAACAACAAUUACUUUUUGAUAACCAUGUUCAAUCUUCAUUCUUUAUUUAAGUCUCAGAAAAGAAGAUUUAUAGCAUCAGAUAUUACAUGUUAAAGAAACUUUUAUUCAGAAUAAUAGUGAUUAGAAUGCUACAAAGGAAUAAAAUAUAAAACAUGUUAAGUUUUAAUCAAAUAACGACUACAAUAUCAAAAGAACAGCUUAUUUUUUAAAAAUCUGUUUAGUUGCCACACUUAAACUCAGAUCAAAUGCCAUUAAAAUGAAGCCCUAUAUGUUACAAACACUAAACUCUAUAUUUCACUUUUCUGCACUGCAUGAGAGCCAUCUUAAUUCACAAUGGUAUGGAAUCAAAAAUUGUCUGGGAUCAUUACAAUUCCUCAGAACAUGAUAAUUCAUUCUUCACUAACAAGGAAAAUAAUUUAUGAUUGUGUGAAAAUUCUUAGUAGGUUUAUCACAGAGAAGCAUUGUGAAAUAAGCUCUCUAAAUGUAUGUCUUUACCAAUUCUGAAAAGUGUAAAAAUGGAGACACCCCACUACAAAAAAUCCAGAAACAUAUGUUUUACUCAAAAGUACAAAUAUUUAAUCAUAAAUAACUACUUUCCUUUUUUAAGUUGUUACUUAAGAUACCAUGCACAAUAAAUAUGAGCUAAAGCACUUCUCUAAAUUAUUUACUAACAAAGAGAAAUUACAAGGAUUUCUUAAACUACAAAUUAAAUCUUACUGAACAUAAUAAUAAACAGAUUAAUGUGACUGAAUAACAAUUCUUUCACAACAAUUCUUUGUCUGUCAUUGGGCAUAUAUACUUAGUAUAAGAAAUAACUGGUACUACUGGAAUGCAUGAUAGUGUAUGCAAUGAUUAAUUCAGUUCACUAGUUUGUAAUCAACAGGAAACUAAAGUUCAGGAUCUUCUUAUAUGAUUAUUUUCGGUACAAGAGUGGUGAUAAUGGAUUUUAAAAUGAUAAAAAGAAGGGUCAAGAAACUUCUCACAAUGUUUUUCAGCACGUAUCACUCAUUUAUCACCGUCUUCUGCUGUUUAUCAUCAUUCAAUUAUCAGGUCAUUAAGAUGAUCAGAACUUUUGACAGAGCCUUAACCAUCUUCUUCAGUGUUAAUAUGUAAGACUUCUCUUAUUCUUAUGAUGCACUAAUUUUUAGUUAUUCAUGCCUCACAACAAUAAAAACCCAACUACCAACAAAUGAUAAUAAAACGCUAAAACUUUCCAAGGUUAAUAUUAUUUUCUAAUGGUGAACUCACAUGACUGCCGUCACCCUCUACAUGAGCACACUAACUGAUUCAACCACUGACUGACAUUUAUAGAGCAAACAAAGUCAUGGAGGAUAAAACAAUGCCCAACAUUUAUGCCUACAAAGUACCCAUAACUACAGGAAAACUAAUAAAACUGUACAUUUGUUUUGUCAGAGAUUGCACUACUUUGCAUCUUACUACAAGGAAAUGCAUAACGCUUCAAGCAGAUGUGAUUACUGAACAAAAUACUGCAAUCAAUUAAACUAUUUUGAUUCCAGGUCCUGCAGAGUUUCAGUUACAUGUAUACUGAAGAACUAAUAAUGUAAUGAUCUCUUGCAGAUCACAUAUAUCUCAUUAAAAGCAUACAGUGCUAUUAUACACUGCUGAGCUUUGCUACCUGACAAAAGGUACAUACAACCAUUUGCACAUACUUUACCUACACACACACACACACACACACACACACACACACACACACAUUCUUUCAUCAUCCGGACUAUGUGAAGAGAAUUUCCCAGCAGAAAAAUACUGUGAAAAACUAUACUCAUGAUGUUGAGAGGUCUGAUUAAUGUUUUACUUCAAUAUUUUCACAAUUUUUGAAUUCGUAUCAUACUAUAAGAAGUCAAAUUCUUGUAAUCAUUUGUCACAUUUUUGCAAAAAAAUUAUUGUGCAACAUUCUUCAUUGAUUCCAUAGUGAAACAUUAAAACCUGUACAUGUACAACUUGUAGUUCCGUAGUGAGUACAAAACAAAAAUCAACUACCUUCUAAUUACAGUACACACACAGAACAAAUGGACAUUCAUUGAACACAAUACACACAAAAAAAAAAACAUGCAAACAAGACUGUUCACAUAAACAGCUACCUGAAUGAGAAUCAGGGCCGAUAGUUAUUUGACUAGACAGCUGAAAUGAGGUAAAUUUAGUAAUAGAAGAAACAGAAUGGAUAACAGUGACAGAGAAACAUUGUUUCAAUAGGCCUACAAUGCUUUACGCAGAAUGG